AUGUCGGAUAUUAUGACGCAAAAGUCCAACAUGACGAAGACAAUAUUGGUAAUGACCGUCACCGGUAAUCAGGGGUCAUCUGUGGCAAAUGUAUUUCUUGAUAAACCUGGAUGGAAAGUCAAGGGCCUAACAAGAGACCCUUCCUCCCCUGCAAGCCAAGCUCUGCGUGCACGGGGUGUCCAGAUGAUCAAAGGAGAUGUCAACGACGUUGACUCGCUUAAAGCUGCCUUUCAGGGAGUGGAUAUCAUCUUUGGUAACACCGUGUUCUCCGAUGCUAUGUCGAAUUCGAACAGUCCAGAUCUAAGCUUCCUGAAGCCGGGCCAGAAUGCAAGAGAGAUGAGCUAUGAUUUGGAGCUCCUACAGGGCAAGAAUAUUGCAAAUGCGGCCGCAAGUGUCGUCCCAACACUUGACAGGUUUAUUUGGUCUUCUCUUUCUGAUGCUGCUAAGUGGAGUAAAGGGAGGUACACAGGUGUCUAUCACUUUGACUGCAAAGCCCAUGUUGUGGACUAUAUACACGAAAUGCACACAGAAUUGGCAGAAAAGACGUCUAUCUUGCAGAUGGGUUUGUUUAUGACAAACUGGAAGUGGGGAAGAACUUCUGUACCAUGGCAGAAGUUAACCGAUGGGACCAUGCUCCUGAGGAUCCCAGGGAGUGGAGACGAGCCAAUCCCAAUGGUCCAUACAAAAGACACUGGGAACUUUGUGGACGCCUUACUUUAUCUUCCAGCAGGCACGAAUAUGCUUGCAUUUGGUGAUCGCCUGACAUGGGCGGACUACGUGAAACUCUGGACCAGUAUCACAGGUAUUCCGGCUCGAUUCGAGAAGACCACUGUCGAGGACCACAGCAAGCUGGAGCCCGCGGAUCACAGCGCAGAAAUGGCAGAGAUGUAUGGCUAUAUGCAAGACAUCGGAUUUGAAGGUGGAGAUCCGAGUGUGGUGUACUCAAGGGAUGUUGUGCCUCAGAUCCCGUGUACAGGUAUUGCCGACUACAUCAAAUCAGAAGACUGGACACAGCUAGGCGAUCCAACCCUCACGAAGUAG